UCAACCGGGUAUAUCAAGUUUGCACACUUUCCAUCUUUCACUUAAUAACACCCCUACAAAAAAAAACGUUUCUCAACUUUUAAAAACAUUACCUAAUUUGUGUUUAAGUCUUUGUGAAGUGACUUUCGACUUUGCUGAAACCGAUAUUGAUGAAAGUAUUACUGUGCUUUUAAUUGAACUCAUUAGAGUGCAAAAAGCAUUAAAACAUUUCACUUUGAAAUGUCGUGGUACUAUUGCUGAAAAAUAUAAACAGGAUUAG